AUGGCGGGGUCAUCCGCCCGCCUGACGCCCCCAGCAUCCCCUACAGCUUCCUUCUACGAUGUGAGCGACGACGAGGAGGGCGAAUAUAACACAAUUACCCACACCAGUACGGGUAAAGGAGUAAAGCUGCUAUUCUCCAAAAGCAAGGUCUAUGUGCACCCUACACCUUCAUCGAAAGAUAAUCUACCUGGUUUUAUCGCUCUCAUACAACAAAAGCCCGUUUCUCGUAAUGAACGCGAUCAUUCUGAUUCUUCCUCUCAUAGGCCCAGGGCCGACGCAUCUUCAUACCUGCUUGCUUGGGUUCCAGAGUCUUCUCUGGGAGAUGCAUAUAGCACCUACGUAAAGGUUGAUUUGUCCAAUAGUAGCUCUCCUCCUCUCCAGUCGUAUCUGGUACCACCGCUUCCCACUACGACUUCUGCUCCUGGUUCCAUCGGCCUAUAUGCGUUUGCAGUUCCUCUAAACCAAAUAUACUCGAUAAUAGUUCGCCCGCCAAGUUUGGGUUGGUGGUUUGGUAGCUUGGUUAUAAAUACACGAGCCGGUGACAGUUUUCCAGCUCUGUUCUUCCAUGACACGGAAUGCGAAUCUACCAUUUUGCAGAAGAAGAAAAGGACAAGGGAGAGUUUCGAUCCUUUUGGUGAAGAUGGAAAUAUGUUUUGGGGUGGCGAUGAGGUUCUAAGAUGGCUAAAAAGAUACGUAACAGUGGAGAGAUCUGGUGCAGAUCCCAGUGCGUUUCUUAUCAAUCCGUCGGAGGAAGAUAAGUUGUCCUUCGGCCAUCCCUUGACUGUCCAUAAAUCACAACCUUCGCAGAACGGACAAGGCGGAAACCAGAGAGAUGGCGGCAUGGAUCCUUUCACUCGAGUGCUGAAAGAAACACGGUGGAAGGUCCUAGAGCAGCUCAGCAAGAUCACCACCUUUACCAGAAGGACUGCACAAGAUAUUGCAGAUAAUCCAAAAGUUCCACCUCAGGUUAGACGCCUCAUGAGAAACCCCGAGAUCAUGACUUUACAAGAAGAGUUUGAUAGUGCUAGGCUGUAUCUGGCACGGUGGGCAAUGGGGAUCUCUGAGCAGAGCGAGCGUGAGCGAAAUCAGCGAAUUUGGACAGCAAGAGACAUGAUGGAAAUGGAAGAGAGCUCAGUCGGUGAAUUCGAAAUCUUAAAUAUGGAAGCAGCAAACCUCUCUCUUGCAGACAAACGAAAACCAGUAACCAUGGAAGAAUGGAAUGGUUGGUUUGAUCCUACGACUGGACAUUUACAGAUUACGCCAGACGAGGCUAAGGAGAGGAUUUUCCAUGGCGGCCUUAAUCCAAACGAUGGCGUUCGGAAAGAAGCUUGGGCUGUUCCUCCUGGGAGAGCGUGGUGGGAGAGAUUGAUAGAAGGAGUCUCUUCCGCGGAGGAACUUGAAUGGUGGAAGGAGCAGAAAGCUCGAAUAGAAAAGGAUGUCCAUCGCACAGAUCGUACUAUCCCGUUGUUUGCAGGGGAAGACAUUCCUCACCCCGAUCCGGAUUCUCCAUUUGCAGAGACCGGCACCAACGUCCACAUGGAGCAGAUGAAAGACUUGCUCCUCACAUAUAAUGAGUAUAACCACGACCUUGGAUAUGUUCAAGGAAUGAGUGACCUUCUAGCCCCAGUUUAUGCAGUAAUGCAGGACGACGCGGUCGCUUUCUGGGCAUUUGUUGGGUAUAUGGACCGAAUGGAACGGAAUUUUCUACGAGAUCAAUCAGGGAUGCGGUCACAAUUGCUCACUCUAGAUCAACUCGUCCAAUUAAUGGACCCCCAACUCUACCUCCAUCUUCAAUCGGCAGACAGCACCAACUUCUUCUUUUUCUUCCGCAUGUUGCUUGUUUGGUACAAACGAGAGUUUGAAUGGGUGGAUGUUCUAAGGCUGUGGGAAGCCCUCUGGACGGAUUACCUGUCAAGCAGCUUCCAUCUAUUCAUUGCAUUAGCGAUUCUCGAAAAGCAUCGAGAUGUGAUCAUGAACCAUCUCAAGCAUUUUGACGAGAUUUUGAAGUACAUCAACGACCUUUCCAACACUAUGGAGUUAAUCCCCAUUCUCUCCAGGGCAGAAGCCCUGUUCCACCGAUUCGAGAAGAAAGUCGAGGCUAUCGACAAGAAGAACCAUUUUCCCACUCCACCCGUUCGCCGACGAAUAGUUACAUCACCUAAAAACACAAUCCAGUCCCCAUCGCAAUCACAGUCGCCCUCACCAGGGAACGCUAGCCAGAGCACCUACCGGGACUGCCACCGCAGCCUUAACAGACAAAGAGUUGAUGUGGAACGGAUAAUCACCCCUGAGCUUCGCGGGCUGAUGAGCAAGAAGGUAGAAGUUUUGGAUCCAGAACAGGUCAGAGAGCAUGGUGGGGGCACGAGCCAGAACUAA